GUCACAAGUUGCCCUUCAGUUCCUUUGCCGACUGCUACGAGUCGCUCGUCGUCGAGCUUUUCGCGCGACCUUGCGGUUAAUUGGAGAAUUUUCACCUCCACCUCUUCGGCUGAUACCUCCUGAACAUUGUGAUUGUGCGACCUACGAUGCUUAUUAUUUGGCAAUACGAGUGAUGUUUCGGUAUGGGUGACACGUCGCGUAAAGUUAAAAACCCGCUGCUUUCGGCUGCAGGGGUAGGUUUUCCCUUUGAGGAUUUUUCUGGGAACGUUGUGUUAAUGCCCGUAACUCCAGCUACUUCAUCGGUUCUUCAAGACGAAGGUGAAAUCGCCAGCUUCGUAGGGCAAACAAAACCAGCCCCGUCAUCAUCGUACCCGAAGGAAUUCAACGCCGGGCAGAACGCCCUUCCGGAGCAUAGUCCGCGCCACCCGCUACUCCCUCCAACUCAGCAACAGCAACAACAACAACAACAAAGCGCGCCCGUUACAUCUGAAAUUUGUUUGGCACCGACCGACGAACACCGAGAUUCAAACGCCGAAUCGCAACCCCAAAAACAGGGGUACCUCUCCUCCCUUCUCUCCUCGCUUCCGAAUAUCUCCCUGGCUUCUAUAACCGGCGAUCGAGAGGACGCCUCCGCGAGAUCCUCCCUCAAAGAUCAGUCAGGAUCUUCGGAAUAUCCUACCGUCUAUCCGUAUUAUAACCCGUCACCUGGCCAACCUUCGUACCCGAGCAACGUGGGACCACCCAACCAGCAAAUAAAUCCUUACGAAACUCCCGCGACCGCCCGAGCUCCUGGUAAUUGGUACCAACCCGAAAAUACCUCUGGCGGUGCGCCGUUUCCGCCCGCAAAUAUCCCCUCGACGUCGUCACCAACGGUUCAACCACCACCUGUCGCCUUGCCACCGACUGGGACUCCGUCGUCGUCUUAUCGGCUGGGAAAUCAGCGUCGCUUGAAGUACGCGCCUCCUCCUGAUCUGACGACUUCAAAUCCUCGCGGCGGCGAUAUUCCCGCGAAUUUACCCCCGCUGCCGUCGUUCCCUUCUGUCGCGACGCCCUCGCUUUACCAUCAAAUACCAGCGGCUCAGAGCACCCCGUCUUACCCUACAAGUUUCGAAUCCAACAUACCUCGGAACUUUAAUCGUGAAUCAACGCGAUCCAGCCCCGGCGUUGAUGUUACGAGGGUGACGUCUCCGCAGAGCAUACCUUCGAGGAUUUCGAGCAUCGACGCCAACGUAGAACCGGCAACACCGCAAAACACCCCUGCGAAUCCGACCCACCUUUCCGGAUUUGGUCCGCCGACCUCUGGACUCGAUUCUUGGAGUCUGUCCGCCUCCGCGAAUCCUUGGAAAAAUACCCCGGAGACGAAUAUCCGACCAAAAAACACCGAGGAUGACGUCCUCAAGGAAGUAGACCUUCGGGAAGCUUCUCCGGCACCGUUACUUCCGGUUCCAUCUGCCCCGGAGAGUAGCUCUGCCCCAAAGAGCGAAGCAAGGCCAGCUUCUUCUUCACCUUUCGCCCCAAUAUCUGCGGCGAGGGUGUCGGAGAAGCUCGAACACCUUUUAGCAGAGAGGAAGGACUUCUUUCCCGAGUCGCCGGUUUCCUUGGGAAACGAUCCGGUCGACUUGAAUCCGACGGAGAAACCCGUGGCGCAGGAUAUCGGCGCGCAAACUAUUCCUGCUACUCCUGUAACGGUUCCGGGAGACGCGAAAAGCCCGGAUACAGCAGGGGCGCGAAAUACCGCUGUUAAGAAUUUAGUCGAGCCUAGAAGCACCGCUAAUUAUUUUUCUCCCGCCCACCACGCCGAGUUCCAAACCCCGAUUCCCAGCUUCUACGACCCAAACAAGUCCCUCGGACAAAUUAAGACACCACCGGGAAUUCCCGGUCUCGUUCCCGAAGCUUCGGUCAAGGUCCCCGAAGCCGCGCCGGUACCAACGUUUUAUAAUCCAACGCAGUACACCCCCGCGGGAAACCCGAAAGCGAACGCAAACGCGAACUUGCAGAACUUGCAGCCUUUUUCGUCCCUCGGAAUUAUUCCCGGUGAAAACUUUUCCCAGAACUUUUACACCCCGUCGAAUCAAAUAAAUCCGGGAAGCACCCUCGCGGGUGUUAAUUUUGGCCGUGACGAUACCGCGUCUUAUUUUUUACCACCGUCACCGCCUAUGGCAGCUGCAGUACCCGAACCCACGGGAUCCGCGACCUUAGACCCGAUUCAAAUGUCAGUCAAUCCCCUGGGAAGUUCCGGAUAUUCUAAUAAUCUGGACAACGGACUCACCGCUCUACCCCCCAGUCUGCAUAAUUUGGCUGCAGGUGGAACGUCAACGAUCAAGCAAAUGCCGUACCGUCCGGUAUACCAGCAUUGGUUCCUCCGCAAGGAGGUGGAGACCAAAGUCCUUUGGCUCCCGUUUUCUAUGCAGGAUAGCUUGAACCUCGAAGAGGUUCACAAUUCGAACGAAAUCACACCGGAGACCAAAGUGCCGACCGACGGUGGUAGAUACGACGUAGAUAUUCUGGGGCGACUCAGGACUCCCGUUUACUGGACUGGGAAGCCGAACGAAGUCAGGAGGUGCUCCUGGUUUUACAAAGGCCCGGCCGAGUCCCGGUACGUACCCUACGAGGAGAACGUAGCCGCGAGACUCGAGGAGGAGUACCGACAGGCAUUCACCUCCGAUAUUUGGAACAGGCGAAUCGAACUCAACAACGGAGAGUACAUCGUAUUUCAUAGUUCGACUGUUCAAGUUCAUUAUCUGCAGCCCGGUUCGCCGGAACUCACCGCAACGUGGGGAAACAACGGGGGUUCAGAGGACAGUACGUAUUUGCAGGGUGCAACGUUGAGGCCGCGUGUCGUGAAGCGAGGUGUCGACGAAUUCAACAUUGACGAGGGUGAACCAGAUCAAGUCGAUCACCUGCUUUUCCUCGUUCACGGUAUCGGGAGCGUCUGCGAUUUGAAAUUCCGAAGCGUCGAAGAAGUUGUCGACGAGUUCCGGAGCAUAUCACUUCAGCUCGUGCAGUCGCACUACCGUACCGCCAGUGAAAACGGUACCGUCCACAAGAUAGAAGUACUUCCGAUAUCUUGGCACACGACUUUGCACUCGGAGGAUACCGGGAUUGAUAAAAAACUGCAGGCGAUUACGUUGGAUAGUAUUCCGAAGCUGAGACAUUUUACGAAUGACACUUUAUCAGACAUACUAUUUUAUACGAGUCCAAUCUACUGUCAAACCAUCAUGCAGACCGUCGGAAACGAAAUGAACAGGCUCCACGCUCUGUUCAAAAAAAGAAACCCUACGUUCGAAGGCGGCAUCUACGUCGGAGGUCAUUCCCUCGGUAGUCUCAUUCUCUUCGAUUUGCUAUGCCAUCAGAAACCGCCAAAGGAAGAAGAGACCGUUGAGAAGGUCGACGAGGAGAAGGAAAAGAGCAUCGUUCCCUCCGACGGUGUUAGCGAGGACACCGUCGGUCCUAUAAGGGAGACGAAACCGAUUUUGAAGCGUCGCUUGAGCCGAAAAAUCAGCUACGUUAUGGGAUCAGCGGGGACGGGUCAACCCUUCAUUAAUUAUCCCCAACUAAAUUUCAAUCCGAACGCAUUUUUUGCGCUGGGUAGUCCGAUCGGUAUGUUCGUAACCGUACGAGGUAUCGAUACACUGGGUGAGGAAUUCGCGCUGCCUACGUGCCCUUCAUUUUUCAAUAUAUUUCAUCCGUUUGACCCCGUCGCCUACCGGGUCGAGGCCCUCAUCCAUCCGGAUGCUAGCAAAUUACGUCCGAAGCUGAUCCCACAUCACAAGGGACGAAAGCGAAUGCACCUCGAAUUGAAGGAGACGAUGGCUCGAGUUGGCGCUGACUUGAAGCAGAGGCUUUUAGAUUCGGUGAGGAAUACGUGGAACUCGGUUUACCAGUUAGCGAUGUUUCACAGGCCCGACAAUCAGGCGCUUGAACGAGAAAUCGACAAGGUGGUUGAGGAGCAACUGCAGAGUGCGUCUAACGAACCAGAAACCUCGCAGCAGCAGACCGACGACUCGGGAGAUGACAUAAAAAUCGGAAAAUUGAACGGCGGUAGAAGAGUCGACUACGUACUCCAGGAAGCACCCUUCGAGUACAUCAAUGAAUAUAUUUUCGCACUAACCAGCCACGUUUGUUAUUGGGAAUCGGAGGACACGAUGCUGUUGAUUCUUAAAGAGAUUUAUGGCUCAAUGGGAAUUCAAAGCGACGCUCAACUCCCCCAGCAAACAUUGACAAUAGAGAGAGCAUCAUCGCCUUCCCCACUAAUGAAUCGAGCAAAUACCUCCACCUACAGUCCCACCUUCCCGUCGCCUGGCGUCAGCGCGGCUAGAAUCGACGGUAAAAGUCCUGCACCUUUUAUAAUGGGAAUGGAUCCGACAGCACCGAUAAGCGACCGACCCGUGGGACCACCACCCACCUCCGGAUUCAUGCGAAAGUCGUGAUUCAAUGUCGCUCCCCGCAUGAUUAGGAACUAAAAACCUGCUCAACUCGUAUGAUGUUUUCACGAAACGGCGUACGCCUUUCUACCAUGAAAUAAGUGUCGUGUGAUUAUCGAAUAUACUAUUAUAACUCUACAUACGAGAAAAAAGGAUAAUAGUGAAAUUACUACGAUAAACGUACACCGCGUUGUCGUCACAGACUUCGCGUGAAUAUCGAAAGUUUCGGGAAUUUUGUGCAUGUGUAAAUCACGAAAGCACCGAUUAACUCCGUGUUACGUAAGUUUGAAAAAGCCUUAUUCACUCACUUUCAACGUACACGGAUGUAUUUGAAUACUUCUGCGUAUUUUAUAUUAAUCAUAUAUAGCGGCUUUCUGUAUUAAAUCAAUACCGUUGUUGUUGUUGCCACGAAUAUCACAUGUACGCGUACAAUUUUUUUUUUCUCCUUUUUUUUCACAUUGCAAUUACUUCCAAAACAAAAAAUGAAAAUCUAUGCAUAGGUAUCGCAAGAUAAAUUGCUGAGACGGUAAUCAAACGUUAAAAAUACCUUUGAGACUGUAGAUAGGUAACAAAAUAAUAAUUAUCUUCAGAUUUUUCCCUUUUUAGAUGUUUUUUUUUUUUCUUCUUCAAAUAUACUAAGAAAAUAUAUUAUUUAUUAAAUUUGCGAUACAUAAAUAUGUAUAUUUUUAAUAAAUCGAUAUUCUUCUAAAUGUUGA